AUGACCUGUAGAGGUCGCAAGUUGAAGUGCGACGAAGCAAAGCCAAUCUGCGGCCCUUGCGUCAAAGCAGAUCGGGAAUGCCGAUUCGAAGAGCGAAGUAUAUUUCGUAAUCACAAUGUUGCCUCGCCGAUUCGAGAGCCAAGACGAAGGUGUCGCGGUCCGAAACGAAAGAGUUGGGACACUGCGGAAGAGCCUGAAGACCAGACGUGGGUGGAGGUACCUAGCGAGCUCACAUUCAUUCAAGUUGAAGACCCCUACUCUCCAGAGGGUGAGAGCGCGUUGCAGAGUAACAAUUUUGAGAACGGAGGAAGCAACGAUGUUCCGGCAGGGGAAGGUGAAGAGGCUCAAGCUGGAGACAGCUCAACACCCAGGUCAAAUCAUGAUUCGGGAAUCAGACUACCACAAUCCAGCUCUAUCUUACACCAACAAAUAGAGCUAGACCCGAAUCUGGCUUCCUGUGGUGACCAACCCCAUGAAUAUCCGGAUCGCUCUCUGUUUAGCUCUCCCGGCUGGAGGACACCAGCGACCAAUUUUACAGCUGAAACGCCAGCAAGUAUUGGGGUUUCGAGUUCAACACCCAAGACCUCUUCUAGGCACGCGGACUCCAAAGUCAGUGUGUCUCACAUGCUGCGGCACUUCAAAGAAGGCCCCGGUCAAUGGAUGGACCUUUUUGAUACAACCGCCUAUUUUUCAUCAAAAGUCCCAGUGCUCGCCGCAACAAGACCUUUGCUCAAGUCUGCAGUCUGCGCUCUUUCCGCGAAACAUCUACAACACGUCCACCAUGUCUCGACCCCAGAAAAUCAGAAAGGGUUCUUGCUCCCAUUCGCGGACGAAGAGACGUGGAAAUACCAGUCUGCAAAGAACUACGAUCAAGCACUGGGGUUUCUCAAAACGGCCAUCAACCUUGGAGCAUACAAUGACAGCCCCUCCGAUAAGGAAGAGAUGCUCGCUGCAGUGGCAAUACUAUGCCUUUAUGAACUAAUGGACGCUCCAGGCACAGCAUGGAAGGCCCAUCUCAGCGCGCUACCUUUAUUCAAUGACACAUCAGCCGCAAUGCCGGCCCAGUCCUCGGUAAUAAUUCCAAAAACUGCGAUCAAGGGUCCUAUUUUCUGGAGUCUAGCGAGACAGGAUCUACUUUGCGCUUUUAUCAGCGAAACAUACACCCGCUUGGACCUGAAAGACGUACGACUCUGGCAGAAUGUUGGGCUGGUUACGGAUGAGCAUGGAAACCUAUUCCCCUCACCCGCGGCGAGUCCUUUCGAUACGCAGAGCACUCUUGGAAUUGAAGAAGACAUGAAAAGCAACGAGCUCACCUGGCUUCUCGGCAAGAUCGCCAACCAUCUCACCGCGGGAGACUCCAUCAUUCCGGAAGAUUUCAUACUCCCCCGCGAAGAACGCCCAUACAUCGGACUGACGCAGGAGCUCCUCCAUGACCGAUGGGAGAUCCUCAUGUCCGAGCUUGAUAAAUGGUAUGACUGUCUGCCAUCGACCUUCACGGAAGCUGCCCGCACACUGGGCCAAGGGAGCUGUGAGUCCGGGCACAAGCUUGCGCUGGAGACUUUUGAGCAAAUUUGGUACGAUUUGCCACUAUGUGCCGCGACAGUGCAAAGCUAUCACCAAGCCAGGAUAUUGUUGUUGGUCAAUCAACCUCAGCAGUCGACAGCCAUUCGAUCAACGGUUUCUGCGCGAUUGAGGGCAUACCGACACGCGUUGAAGGAGGCGCUUUAUCAUGCUAGGGAAAUUUGUGGGAUCAAUCUUGCUAAUCCGACGGAUUCUGUGAGGAUCAAUUCUGUGCAGGCUCUCUUUGUUGCUGGGCAGGUUUUUCAAGGACGGCGGGAGCAAGAUGCUGUUCUUGAGAUUCUUGCUGGUAUUGAAAGGGACCUGGGAUGGACGACACAGUACCAUGUUGCAAAAUUGAUUGAUGAAUGGGGACGGCACGAUGAAAUGUCAAUUGAAUGA